AUGGCGACCGAGACGCAAACCGUAUAUACCACGUCGAUGCCUACGCACAUCCCUCAUAGCUUGGCGAUGCAAAAGCUGUUUAACAGCAAGCCAAAUGUUCUACAUAAACGGCGACGUAACCCCUUCCAGCGCUUGAUCGACUGCGUUCGACUCGAAUACUACCGAUACGAGGUGACUUUCGGUCUUUACGUGAUGACACGGAGUGAGAAGUGUGUGGCCAACUUCAUUGUGUUGACCGUCUUGGGGCUCCUGCUAUGGGCUCUAGCUUUCUAUUUCCCGUCAAUACUGUACCACAAGCUCAGCCGCCUGGUGUGGCUACUGACCGGGCACAGCGACGCAGGAGUCAGGGCAACAGAGAUCCUUGACAAGCCUGGCAUUUAUGUCUCCCCUUCAGUUGCCUAG